AUGGAGUUAUCGAUUUACAAAGAGUGCAUCAUCUGGGGACACCGAGUCGUCAUACCGACCACUCAACGUAAACAAAUGCUUAAAUAUUUACACGCCAAUCAUCCUGGAAUCUGUGGAACAAAAGCAGCAGCACGAUCCUACGUUUGGUGGCCAGGAAUCGAUAAGGACAUCGAAACAAUGGUGAAAAAUUGCCAAGAAUGCAUGGAAGUACUAUCAGCCCCAGCAAAGACACCCACACAACCAUGGGUAGCACCAGAUAAACCAUGGACUCGCUCACACGUCGACUUUGCUGGGCCUAUGGCAGGACAGACAUUCCUGAUAGUCGUGGACUCAACUACGAAAUGUCUGGAGGUCAAACGGGUGAGUUCACCAAAUUCUCUUAAUGUAAUCAAAGUACUGCGAGCACUCUUCGCAACAUUUGGCAUUCCAGACACUAUCGUGUCAGAUAAUGGAACAGCCUUCAUAUCUGAGGAAAUAAAAGCCUUCUACCAGAGAAAUGGGAUCAAAGCCAUGUACAUCGCACCGUAUAACCCACAAGCAAACGGCCAGGCAGAGAGAAUGGUCCAUACAGCAAAACGCUCAUUAAAAAAAUUGAAUGAAGGCGAUUGGGAACUCAAGCUAGCUCGUAUAUUGCUUAAACAACACAGUAUACCAUCCACAUCCACCGGAGCCUCACCAGCAGAGCUCAUGAUGGGAAGAAAACUACGUACAGCACUAGACAAACUCCCCCCAAACCACGAACAUGAAACCAACAAGGGGUACGACUCAGUAAAAAUACGGAGACUUCACCCCGGGGAUAAAGUUAGAAUGAGGAAUUACCGAGCAGCAGGACCAACAUGGAUAGUAGCAACAGUGCAGGAGGCACUGAGCAACCGAAACUAUCUCGUAAAAGAGAGAGAAAUAGGACUGAUUCACAAACGAGAAAUCAAUCAGCUCGUUCAGUUUCCGAGAGAGCAAGACGAAACACCCGACACAACUGAGAGAAAACACAAAAAGAAAACCAUCAACACUCAAUUCUACACCGAGGAGAAAAAGAACGGUGAUCCUGAGCCGGACACAGAGCAGGAGGACUCCGAUGAAUCUCAAGGUGAAGUGGAAAUUAUCAACGAACCUGAACAGCAAGACCCUCUCCCUGAUAACAUCUCCAGCGAGGGGGAAGCAGACGAAGGACAGGAAGAUGAAGAGCAAGCACACAACCAAAGACGAAAAAGACCAAGACGCCAAUGCGUUGGGAAUGGUAGAAACCGUUAUAGAGACAGCAUACUGGACUCAAGCAUUGUCGAAGAUCUUCUCUAG